GAGUGGCCCUGGAGAGCCUCCAGGCGCCCGGGUGGGGCCGCGAUCGCGCCCCGCCAGUCACCCCGGCAUGUGGGCGCGGCGGGGCGGUGCGGGCGGGCAGGCAGGCUACAAGAGCUGUUUGGCGUCCGGGCCGGAGUAUUUGCUCAGCUCGCCUGCGCCGCUUGGGACGCCUCUGCCUUUCCCUCCCUCCCUUCCCCGACGGCUUCUGGCGGCCAAGUGGAUGUGGCGGGUGAUCGGGCCACCCUGCCCAGGGGCGCCCAGCACUGGUUCAGUGAACAGCAUUUUGGACAGGACAUUUGGUGCCAGGUCUGAGAAGCCAGUUUGCUGAAUUAUUGUCCCAGUCAGCCAGGAUUGUGAGUUGUUUGGGAAAUCUCGUGGACAAGCCCAAGUGCCAGCACAGGUGGAGGGACACCUGGAGGCCAGUUUCAGGAACUUUUGCCACAAGUAUAAAAGACACCAGAACUGCAAAGAUGCUGAAACAGAUACUGUCGGAGAUGUACAUAGAUCCUGAUCUACUGGCAGAGCUCAGUGAAGAACAGAAACAGAUCCUGUUCUUCAAGAUGAGAGAGGAACAGAUCCGACGAUGGAAAGAAAGAGAAGCAGCUAUGGAAAAAAAGGAGUCCCUGCCAGUGAAACCCAGACCAAAGAAAGAGAAUGGCAAAUCUGUUCAUUGGAAGCUGGGAGCCGAUAAGGAAGUCUGGGUAUGGGUGAUGGGCGAACACCAUCUAGAUAAACCCUAUGAUGUGCUCUGUAAUGAAAUUAUUGCUGAGAGGGCCCGGCUGAAAGCAGAACAGGAGGCAGAAGAGGAGCUCAGAAAAACUCACUCUGAAGAAUUCACCAAUAGCUUGAAAACAAAAUCACAGUACCAUGAUCUGCAGGCUCCGGAUAACCAGCAGACUAAAGACAUCUGGAAGAAAGUGGCAGAAAAGGAGGAAUUGGAGCAAGGAUCUAGGCCAGCACCAACCCUGGAAGAAGAGAAAAUCCGAUCACCCUCCAGUUCUUCAAGAAAUAUUCAACAAAUGUUGGCAGAUUCAAUCAAUCGUAUGAAGGCAUAUGCAUUUCACCAGAAGAAAGAAUCUAUGAAGAAAAAACAAGAUGAAGAAAUAAAUCAAAUAGACGAAGAGAGAACGAAGCAGAUUUGUAAGAGCUGGAAAGAAGACUCGGAAUGGCAGGCAUCUCUGCGAAAAUCCAAAGCAGCUGAUGAGAAGAGACGCUCCUUGGCUAAACAAGCACGAGAAGACUACAAGAGGUUAUCCCUCGGGGCCCAGAAAGGAAGAGGCGGUGAGAGGCUGCAAAGCCCCUUGCGUGUUCCGCAGAAACCAAAAAGACCUCCGCUUCCACCCAAGCCUCAGUUCCUAAACCCAGGAGGGGCAUAUCCUCAAAAACCUCUUAGAAAUCAGGGAGUGGCGAGGACAGUGUCCAGCUCUGCCCAAGAGGACAUCAUCCGGUGGUUUAAAGAGGAGCAGCUACCACUUCGAGCGGGCUACCAGAAAACCUCAGACACCAUAGCCCCCUGGUUCCAUGGAAUUCUCACACUCAAGAAAGCAAAUGAACUUCUUCUGAGCACAGGCAUACCCGGCAGUUUUCUCAUCCGAGUCAGUGAAAGGAUCAAAGGCUAUGCCCUGUCCUAUCUGUCGGAGGAUGGCUGUAAACAUUUCCUCAUCGAUGCCUCUGCAGACGCCUACAGCUUCCUGGGCGUGGACCAGCUGCAGCAUGCCACCUUGGCGGAUUUGGUGGAAUAUCACAAGGAGGAACCCAUCACUUCCCUGGGGAAGGAGCUCCUCCUCUAUCCCUGUGGUCAGCAUGACCAGCUGCCUGACUACCUGGAGCUGUUGGAGUGACAGCCUCCAUCAGGGUCAUCCUACAGCCUCCAACUGGGCUUUCCCCUGGACAAAAGCCACUGCAACAUUUCAAAAGCCACUGCAACAUUUAUGUGUGAAGCCAAAAUCACGCUGCAGCAGAGCCAAUACGGAUCAACUGAAAAGUAUCCGUGGAGUCCUCAUUGAUACCUCUCUUCUGCACAAAUACUGGAAUUCAAUGUCAAGAGAAAAUGACCUCUGCUCAAAAGGGAGAAGAGUUUCAAUUUCAGCAAGUACCUGUCACGAAGGUUAUGACCUUAAUGAUGUACAUAAAAUAAAACAAAUGAAGAAAUGGAAACCUUUUAGAAAUUAAGAUGUACUUGAAAACGAGUAUCUUUGUGAACGAUUGUAUGACCCCUGCACUCCCUCUGUAUCAUCUCAGGAGGUUUCAGGGGCCUGUUGACAUGAAGUUUCAUGUUGGCUUUGGAAUGGUAGCAAAAGCCUUUCCUGGCUGAGACGAUGCUUAAAACACACCUCACUUAUUGUACAUGUUGGAACCAGGAUAUGAGAGACAUAGAAAAACAGAAGUCAUAAAUGUAAAUGGAAUGAGAAGUUUUAAAACAUAGGAUGAGAGGCUUAACAUGCAUAAAAAUACAGAUGGACCUGCAGGAAAGUGAGCAAACAUCGCUGAGUUUGUUUCCUUGUUCUGGAGAAUGGGGCCAGGGCUGGCCUGGCCUCCCCUGGAUAUACUCUACAGGAUAAAACAUCUACACGUGUAUUUUUUUUCUUUUAUCAGUAGUGCUUAGACAAGAACAGAAUAAGCAGGCUGUUUGGAUGCUACUGGUGGUUGAAUUGUGUUCCCCCAAAAUAUAUGGUGAAAUCUUAACCCCCUAUCCCCGUGAAUGUGACCUUGUUUGGAAAUAGGGUCUUUGCAGAUAGUCAAGAUGAGGUCACACUGGAUUAGGGUACACCCUAAAUCCAAUGACUUGCCUCCUUAGGAGGAGAGUUUUUUGGUAAUAGACACAAAUGCAGUGGGAAGAAGACCAGGGGACAAGAGGCAGGUUGGAGUGAUGGAGCCAGAAGGGAAGGGACACCAAGGAUCGCCGGCCACCAGCAGACGCCAGCAGAGAGGCAUGGGACAGGUUCCCCACAAGCCUUAGAAGGAAGCAUGGCCCUGACUUCAGAAUUCCAGAUUCCAGAGCUGGAAGAAUAAAUUUGUGUUGUUUUAAGCUCCUUAGUUCAUGCUGAUUUGUUACUAUAGCCCCAGAAAGCUAAUACAGUCGUUUACAUAAUUACAUAACCUGACACACAAGAUCGACCCAUUCAUUGCUGCCCAGUCCACCAUUUUCAUAAUGAAGUAGAAAUGGGAGGUAAGAAAAACAUUCCAGCCAGUUCUGUUUAGCCCUGGGACACAUAUUUGUCCCGUCAGGAAUCUUACGCCCUCCUGGACCCCGCACCCACCUUGGUCCAGUCCCAGUCAGGUGAACGGCCUCUGGACAGGGACUGAGGUGGGUCUGAGCCACUGGAGAUCAUUUUUCUUGGAGGAUGGAGAUUGGCUAGUACCUCUGGCCUAACUCUGUAGGUCAACACUCUUCUUUUAAUAAAAGCAGAAUGAUACAGCA